AUGUUAAAAGUAAAAGAAGCUGGAAGAGAAGUCUUAUAUGUGCUAUUUGAAAAGUUUAUUAAAGAAAAGGGAAUGUACGAUUGUGUUCUUGAAGCCACCGAUGCUGUUCCUGAUCAGAAAGUAAUAAUUAUUCAUGGUGACUGUCAUAAUGCUAAUGUGAUGUUCCUAUUUAAGGACAACGCCAGGAGUAACCCCCAACAUGUAGCUCUGAUUGAUUUCCAAGUAACGUGCCUUCAUUCACCUAUAUUGGAUAUAUCAGCCUUUCUGUAUUUAAACCUUUCGAGUGAAGAAUUUCCGCAGUUAAAAAUUUUUUUGGAUUUCUAUUACAGCGAAUUAUCGUCUUAUUUAAAAGAACUAGGCAGUGACGUAAAUAAAUUGUUUCCAAAACAAGUUAUGCAAUCACAUUUAAAACAAUUUCUUCAUUAUGGAUUUUGUCUAGCAGUACCGUUUUUGGAAAUAAUGUAUGUAGAUAAUGAAGAUGCACCCCCUUUGAUUGAUGAGGAGACCAACGAGAUAAUGGGAGGUCUUAAGGACCUUAAGUUAAAGUCAAGGGAUGAAUAUUUAAGACGUCUUGUUUCUAUGGUGGAUAGCUUUUUUAAUAGUGGAUAUGUUAAUUUGUAA